AGCGUGACGUCAUGAAUGGUUGUUCCGGAAAAAACAAUCGAAGAAGAAAAAAAGCGGAAAUAAAUUGCUAUACUCGCUUCAAGCGUGUUCAGUAUAUUAGCUGAAAUAAAUCAUCAAAAUGUUGAAAGAGUUGGUGAAAGAGCGACUAAUGGCGGCGGCAGAUGAAAUAUUUGCGCUGUUUGAAAGAGCGAUAGUGUCAUACGAGGAGGAAAUUUCGAGAACAAGAGAGGAAAAGGAGCGACAUCGGCAACAAAUGGAAGCUGUUAGCAAGAGCCAGAUUGUGCUACAAGCUAAAGACGUCCAGCAGCUCAUUAGUCAUCAAGAACAUACUCCUCAUCUGUGGGGCACUUGGGAGCAGGGCCCACGGCCCUCUCACAUUAAAGAGGAAGAGGAUGAACUCUGGAUGACUCAGGAGGGGGAAUGUCUUCUAGGGCUGAAGGAGGCUGAUCUCACCAAGUUGCCAAUGACUGUAGUGUCUGUGAAGACUGAAGACCAUGAAGAGGAAUUUCAAGCAGACAACCUUUUACCUCCACUAUCAGACUGGCAAGACACAGCAUCACACUCUCCUGAGGAUGACACCCAGAGACCCUUGAGCAGUGAUGCAGACUGUGAAGAUGAUAUGAGGAGUCACACUAACUCAAAAGACAAAAAGACGGAUAAAAAACAUUGGACUUGUACAGUUUGUGAUAAAAACUUUUCUAAUAAGGGUCAUUUAAAUCGACAUAUGUUGACACACACCGGCGAAAAACCCUUUUGUUGUUCAGUUUGUGGUCAAAGAUUCCGUCAACAGUCUCAGGUUGCUUCCCACAUGAGAACACACACGGGGGAGAUGCCUUUUCGUUGUUUAGCUUGCGGCCAGAGGUUCUCUCAAAGGACAAACUUGUUGAGCCACGUGAGAACGCACACCGGGGAAAGACCUUUCGGUUGUUCAGCCUGCGGCGAAAGAUUCUCCAUAAAGGCAAAUAUGGUCAAACACAUGCAAACACACGCUGAAGAAAAAACGUGUUCAUGUUCAAUCUGUGGCAAAAUGUUCACUCGGCAGGACACUCUAACGGCGCACAUGCGGACACACACGGGAGGAAAAGCUUUCAGUUGCCCCGUCUGUGGUAAGGAAUUCUCUCAAAAGGUACGUAUGGAAUCGCACAUGUGGACGCACACAGGAGAGAAAGCUUUUAGUUGCUCGGUUUGUGGUCAACGAUUCUCUCGAAAGUCAAACAUGGUAAAGCACAUGAGAGCGCAUGCAGGAGGAACAACAUAUUCCUGUUCACUUUGUGCUAAAACGUUCACUCUGCGCGACAAUUGGACAACACACAUGCGGACACACGAUGGAGAGUAAACAUUUUACUGUGCACGUCACAUGUGAGAAGUCACCUCAAAGACGAUGAUCUUCAAGAUGUGUGUAUGCUAGAUUCCCCCAUGUUAUUGUGCAGCUAAGAACAUUAGCUACAUAAAUCCAUAUUCGAAUUACAAAAAUCGGCUUAUAAGAAAUUCUAUCAAUAUUUCAUUAGAGGUUUUAAAGUUAUUUUUUCACCAUUGAAACUGAUUAAAGUGAUUUUAUUUUCGGCAUAGUAAAACUGUUUAGAUAAAGUCUGAAUUUGUUUAUUUAGCUAUAGAUAGUAUAUUUAUAAUUUUUUAUCAAGGCUUUGGAGUACUUUUACUGCAUUGGAUAUGAUAUAUUUGUAUCUUUUUUAGCAUCUCAUAGCCAGGAUUUCAUCCUGGUUUUCUGUAAUCAAAAUAUGGUGACUACUGUAAUAAUACUUAGGGCUGUCAAAGUUAACUUGCUAUAACGUUAACUAUACAGUUCAAGAACUGCACUAAUAUUUUCAACGGCCAAUUAACGCACACGCGUCCUUUCAGUCCCUGGGGCCGUGCCGUAGCGGGGGAAACUUGGCUAAGUUAGUGAUGAGCCACAAGCGGGAAAAUAGUGAGCUGAGAUGGACAAAGAAAAUACUACAUUAUCGAAAUAUCAGGUUCUGGCUGGCUGAAAUAUUGUGUAAAAAAAAAAGUAUAACAUGAUCUGGUCGAGACCUGAAUUACAUAAUUAUUAGCAGCCUGAAAAUUACAUUUUAUUAAUAGAUAAAGGAGGUUAAACUAUCGCCGUGCAGCAAUAUGAAGACCAUUUACUUGUACAACAUGUAAUGUACUGAAUAUCAGAAGCAUUUAUUCAGGUAGAAAUAUCACAAAUUACAUUAUAAGAUAUCUUUAAAAAUCAAAGCAUGGUUAUAACAACCCACAUUUUGUGUUAUUAACGUGUGGAACUGGUUUUGAAACGUGGAAGUGUAGCUCCUCCUCUGGCUGCAAGUGCUUCGACAGGAACAACAUUUCUGUAUUCUAAAGAAAAACAAAAUCUGGCAAGACACAAACGCUCUGCAGGUAUUUUUUUAGUUUUCAUUAAAAGCGUGUUUGUCCUUUUUUGUUUCGAGCAGUUUUAAACAGCAUUAAGUUUAAAAGACAACUCCGAACAAUGGGAUUAAUCACAAUUAAAUAUUGUAAUUGUUUGACAGCCGUAAUAACAAUACUCUCUGAGCCACACCACCCCGUACUAUACAAGUAUGUCAUGUUUUUGUUUGUAUUGGCUUUUUGCCUGAGGUCCUGUUUGUGCGAUGUUUACAAAGGUGCAUUUGUGUGUUUGUUUGCAUAUGACGGGUUGAAUCAGAAAUGAAUAAAUAUUGAAAUAAUUA